AUGGACAUUGAGCUGAUCAAAGGUACGGGAUGUUUUGGUUCCGGCAUCAGUGGUGUCGUGCUCAUAGCUAUCAGCAGCAAGCAGGAAUCUGGACAGUGGACCUUACCACAUUCAUGGAUCGUAUACGAGACGCCGGUGGGAGCGACGAGAUUGGAUAUGAGCUUCACCGGAGCAGGAUUAGUGAAAAGAAAUGGGCGCCAGGGCAACGGCAAGCAUCGUCGAAUACCAGUCGAGAUCCCGACCACAAAAUCAUCAUCCUUACUACCCCUAGUAUUUUCCUCGAAUUUCCUCAACCACACCACGCCGAUGUGGAAGGUGGAUGGUCUGCUUGGCCGGCGAACCUCGUUUGUCAUAAAGCGGACAGUAUCAUAUGGCGUUAAAUCGUGGCCCGCCGUAUCUCCGUUGGCGCUCCCUUCGCUCUGGUGUCUCAUCGAGAUUGAAUCCCUUCGUAUCAUUGACGAGGACGAUUCUCUGCAAGAUCCCCACCUCGUAAAAAAAGUCAUCCUCAUUAUCGGAUACUGGGGUUCGUCAACCGAAACGAUCACGGUUGGAGCAAUUCGACAUGACACUACCUAUACUGUGGGCCUGCGGGUACAAACUUCCGAUACUGAGGAUUCAGACUGGAUCGGUACCUGGAUUCACGCUGCACAACAGCUACGGGGCAUGCUCAUGGAUUGUUUUCAGUGCUCCUAUGAAGGAAAGUCAUCUCCGUUCGCCGUGCUGGAGGCUGCAAUAUUUGUCGGCUCGUCAAACUUGGGCUUAUCAUGCCAUACAGACGGGCUGAUACCAGCUGAUUCAUCGAUGGCUAUUAUCGGUGCAGGGGGAACUUUUACACUCUACAGCACUCAGGUGGCUAAUGUGGUUUUGUCUAAUGGCGGCGCGAGAGAUGUACAAAUGAUUACAUCACCAAUCCCCAGCACUUCGACAUUUAGAAUGAUUCACUUCGAAUGCUACUAA